GAGGAGGAGAGCAGCAUUUCAAUGAGGGCCGGGCUAAUGCAAAUCACUGCAAUAGCAGCAGAAGGAAAGCAGCUGCAGCCUCCACUCAGCAAGAUCAGCGGCAGCUCAUCCAGUCAGGGGGCCAGGAGAUACACAACAAAGACCCUCAAGCCUGUCUGCCAGCACAAUACCAUUAACCACAAUCACAGAGGAGACAUUGACUGCCUGAGCCCUUUAAUAUACUCGGAAAUCCAAUCAAGAACACACUGAGUGAGGGAUCCCUAGCAAAGCAAAUUGAAUCCUUAAAAUGUCCUUUGGGAGAGAUAUGGAACUUGAGCACUUCGAUGAGCGUGAUAAAGCUCAAAGGUACAGCAAAGGAUCCCGGGCGAAUGGCUUGCCAAGUCCUACCCAUAGUGCCCACUGCAGUUUCUACAGAACUCGCACUCUUCAGGCCCUGAGUUCUGAGAAGAAAGCCAAGAAGGUCCGAUUCUAUCGUAACGGAGAUCGAUAUUUUAAAGGCAUCGUAUAUGCAAUUUCCCCAGAUCGAUUUAGAUCUUUUGAAGCUCUUCUGGCUGAUCUGACCAGGACUUUGUCUGAUAAUGUUAACCUUCCCCAAGGAGUGAGAACUAUCUAUACUGUGGAUGGGUCUAAGAAGAUAACUUCUCUGGAUCAGCUGGUAGAAGGGGAAAGUUAUGUAUGUGGAUCUAUUGAGCCUUUCAAAAAACUUGAUUACACAAAGAAUGUAAACCCCAACUGGUCAGUGAAUGUGAAGACCACGGCUGCCCCUCGUUCCGCCCAGCCGCUUGCUGCUCCCAAACAAAGCUUCUCUGAGGGAAGAGAGAACAAGGAUUUCAUUAGGCCCAAGCUUGUAACCAUCAUCAGGAGCGGCGUGAAGCCUAGAAAAGCUGUCCGGAUUCUACUGAACAAAAAGACAGCUCAUUCCUUUGAGCAGGUCCUUACCGAUAUCACUGAUGCCAUCAAAUUAGAUUCCGGAGUAGUGAAGAGACUGUACACACUAGAUGGAAAACAGGUGUUGUGCCUCCAGGAUUUCUUCGGAGACGAUGACAUUUUUAUUGCUUGUGGACCAGAAAAGUUCCGUUACCAGGAUGAUUUCUUGCUAGAUGAGAGCGAAUGUCGGGUUUUAAAAUCGACAUCAUACACAAAGCUUCCCGGGGUGCCGCGGAGAAGUACCACCAAGAGCCCCGGGCCGUCCAGACGCAGCAAAUCCCCUGCAUCCACUAGCUCAGGUGUGACAUGCAGGCUUUCCGAUUUCCAUGCAUGGGAAGUCAAUGGGACCCCAGGGAGUCAGCUGUCUACCCCUCGCUCUGGAAAAUCGCCAAGUCCGUCGCCAACCAGCCCAGGGAGCCUGAGGAAACAGAGGGGCUCUCAGCACAGCGGCUCCUCUACCUCAUUAGCAUCCACCAAAGUGUGCAGCUCCAUGGAUGAAAGUGAUAUUGUAGUAGAAGAUAUUAUGGAUGAAGGUUUCCAGGUACCUGUUUCUAUAUCCGAGCGGUAUAAGGUUGGAAGAACCAUAGGAGACGGGAAUUUUGCAAUUGUGAAAGAAUGUAUAGAGAGAUCUACUGGUAGAGAAUAUGCACUGAAAAUCAUUAAUAAAAGCAAAUGCCGAGGAAAAGAGCAUAUGAUUCAGAAUGAGGUUUCUAUACUGCGGAGGGUGAAACAUCCCAAUAUCGUUCUGCUUAUUGAAGAGAUGGACAUGCCAAGUGAACUCUACCUUGUCAUGGAACUUGUGAAAGGAGGAGAUUUAUUUGAUGCCAUCACUUCGACCAACAAAUACACUGAGCGUGAUGCCAAUGGGAUGCUGUAUAACCUCAUGAGUGCCAUCAAAUACCUGCACAGCCUCAACAUAGUCCACAGGGAUAUCAAACCUGAGAACCUGCUGGUUUAUGAACACCAGGAUGGCAGUAAAUCACUAAAACUUGGAGACUUUGGCCUCGCAACUGUGGUUGAUGGACCUCUUUACACUGUGUGUGGAACCCCAACAUAUGUAGCUCCAGAAAUCAUUGCUGAAACUGGGUAUGGCCUGAAAGUGGAUAUCUGGGCAGCUGGUGUUAUCACAUAUAUACUGCUCUGCGGUUUCCCUCCAUUCCGCGGAAGUGGGGAUGACCAGGAGGUACUUUUUGAUCAAAUUUUAAUGGGACACAUGGAUUUUCCAUCACCGUAUUGGGAUAAUGUUUCGGACUCAGCCAAGGAACUGAUCACUAUGAUGCUUCAAGUAGAUGUGGACCAGCGAUAUUCUGCUCUGAAAGUUCUUGAACAUCCCUGGGUCAAUGAUGAUGGGUUACCAGAGAACGAGUACCCCCUUUCGGUGGCAGGAAAAAUUAAGAAACACUUUAACACGGGCCCUAAACCGAACUGCAACUCCGCCGGCGUCAACGUGAUAGCAACCACCGCUCUUGAUAAGGAGAGGCAGGUUUUCAGACGAAGACGCAACCAGGAUGUGAGAUACAGAUUUGGGUCACAUCAAGCUGCACCAGAAUUCAAUUCAGAGUCGGAGGACUAUUCACCAAGCUCAUCCGAGACUGUUCGCUCACCUAAUUCACCCUUUUAAGGAAAUUCUUUAAGCAUAUAAGCAUGGGCUUAACCCUCCAAGCCUCAGAAUGACAACCAUCUAGAUAUCAAACGUGGACAUUUGGAGUUAAAAAAGAAAACUCCGCUAAUGUUUUUAAGUGUGAGUAAGAGAACAUAUUGUGAAUGAAUUGUAAAGAAAACCUCUGUUAUGCUAAAAGGGUAAAGAAAAAUUAUGUGCAAAAGAGUCUUUUAAUUGUAAUUUCCGCACAUUAUUGAUUAACAUAGUUUGUAAAUACAUGUCACAAUGUACAUACAGGCAUUCAAGUUGGGCUUUAACAUUUAUUUCUAAGGGUGACAUAACGGGAGGCCUGUAAACUACAUCUCAAGAUGUGUGAUUGGCAAGGACCCUUUAUGGGCGGUACAAAGUAUCCUGAGAGUUUCAUUUAGUUCCUUCUAGAAGACUUGGUUGGGUUACAGGCCAGUAUGGGUUUCUGAUGGACACAUAUAGAAGACUCUUCUAAAAUAACUAACUUUUUAUUUAUGAAAAUUAGGCAGACUUAGGUAUCAUUUUCUACAGGAUUUCUGGAGUGCCAAUAAAAUUACACAAUUGCUUUGUGCGAGAGUGUAAUCAAAGUACACAAUAUUUACUAAUAAAUAUAUCUAUAGAUCUAUAUAAACAAGGUCCUUAGACACAUCCAACAUUCCAUCAUUUUUCAUUUCGGUGCCACAAAGGUUGAUGUUGUGUCGGUUUGCAGUGCGCAGUAUGGAGGUUAUGGUAAUGCUGAAGAUCAAAGACCAAUUAAAGUGACCCAUGGUCUCUGUUCGCAUGGCGAGCAGCUGCUGAUGCGGUCCUUGAAGGGUUAAGCCUAUUUUGAUUUUUUUUGUACAACACAAAAAAAAAAACGGAAAACAUGGGCAAUGAAUGUUUAUUUCAUCUGUUGAGCUCGGGUAUGCGACAUUCAUGUUAGCAAAUGUUAGCCCUCUGAGUGUUUCCAGGAAACUUGGACAUUCCUGAAUGACUGAUUAGAUGUUGCUACUCAUUUCUAAAGACCAUUUUAAACUUUACAGAAAAAAAAAACCAGUAGAAGUUAAUUUUCAGGACUGGAAACUGAAAUUGGGGAGGAAGGAACCACAUAAGCACUUUGCCAAACAAUUUUUCUACCAUAUGCAUUUUUUGUUGAGAAACGAUCAGAUCACAAUGUAAGGCAACAUUCUGCCAAUAUUUUUUAUAAUAAUUUCCUGCAAUGGACAGUACAGUAUUAGAGCAUGGCUUCGUUAACGCACAAUAUAUUGCAUAUAACAUAUAUACUGCUUUCCUCUACUGAGAACAGCUCCUUUAGUUGCCUACUGGAUGGUGAGGUUCUACCAAAGUCUACUAAGACUUAAGGUAUCCUCAUUCAUAUACAAAGGUGCAAAGAAGAGCAUUAUGAAGUACCGUAUGUCCUUGUCUAUAUUCAAGAGAACUGAAUAAAAUAUAAUUGCUAAGGAAGAUAUUUUCUUUAAUGUAUAGUCAUUAUUAUAUGCUUUCAUCGUCAUUUCUGAUAUCCAUGAAGUGAAAUGUAAUGUUCUGCAAGAAAAGCAUAUUCAGUUUCACCUCAAAGCAAUAUUUUGUUUCCAUUUUUUUUGUCAAAUGUCAAACUCAUCGAGUGUGGAAAUUAACAGCCUAACCUUCUAAUCUUCAUGAGAACUGGGGCUUAGCAAUACUUGGGACCUAGUGGCUAUUGGAGGCCUUGGCGUGAAGGGUUCCCACUGGGUUUCCUGACUGAUGUACAGUUAGGGGAGUGUUUAUUAACAUUUGAUACAAACAUCACCAGUGAUGUUGCCCAUAGCAACCAAUCAGCAAUGUAAUUUGAAUGGUUGCCUACAAAGCAAACAUCUGAUUGGUUGCUUUGGGCAACAUCAACUGGGAUGUUUGUCUCCAAUGUCAAUAAAUACUUCCCUUAGUCUCUUUUUCAAGACUAGCCUGAUCAUGACCCUUACCAAAUAGGGCUUUAGGACCCAAUGAUUGGUUUUGUCAUUGUCUAUGGAAGUGCUUUACCUAUCCAUAUUAUUAUUAGCCUGAUCAUGACCCUUACCAAAUAGGGCUUUAGGACCCAAUGAUUGGUUUUGUCAUUGUCUACGGAAGUGCUUUACCUAUCCAUAUUAUUAUUACAUGAUCCCUGAUUGGGGGUAUAUUCACUUUGGUAUUAGGGAUUUCUCUACUUCUAUUUCUUUCAUGUAACUUAUUUACCCAAUUCAUUUUCUACAGGCUAAGUAGUGGAUAUGAAAGAAAGUAUAACACCAGGAAGUGACAUCACAAUAGGGGGUAGUGUAAUGACAGCAGCACUCUGGUUUUGAAAAGUGAUGACUUUACUUAUGCCUCUGCUUAUAAUACGUUUAAGUUAAGACCCACAUUAAGUACAAUAGAUUGUAGCCUUUAAAAUGUGUUGCAGAAUGCCAUAAACCUGUUGCUUUUGCUAUAAAGUAUUAUGUAACCUUCAAGUGUAAGAAAAUACAAUAUUAUAAUUCUGUAAUUAGUAGGAAUCGAGGAUUUGUUUCGGGAUUUGGCUGAAUCCAAGUGCCUGGCCGAACCAAAUCCAAAUGCUUAAAAUCACAUGACUUUUCGUCGAAAGUUGAGAAUUUUUCACUGCAAGCUGCACGCAUGAUUGUUUUUAACCCUUUAUUAUCUAACCUGCACAUGCAAAUUCAGAUUCGGUGCAGGAUUUGAGGUUUGGCCAAGUCCCAAAAUAGUGGAUUUGGUGCCUCCCUAUAUAUGUGUUUCUGUCACAUUACAUAAUCCCAUUUUGCUGGGCAACAGGGAAAACACUCAGGGGGUUAACAGCAAAGCACAAGGCACGCUGGGGAUUCAGAAUCCCUUUGCUUUAUAGGAAGGUGUUCAAUUUUUCAGACAAAGUUGAAAUAUUUAAAGUGUUGAUGUUUAAGGGAUUUCUAUAACCAAAUAAAUAUAAAUCUUAUUUGAAGUUUUCUUUAUUAAGGGAUCUAUGUACAAUGUGUUUGCAUAGAGCAUCCUCUGAAUCGAUUCCACAGUUUCCUUCUAUGACAACAGGCGUAGUUGGUGACAUAGGUGACUGAUAAUGUCUUUGUUUUGCUCAAAUUCAAAACGCCAUUUUCUCAAGAGAGCAUCAAUAAAGUUUAGCUUUUCAGUAGUGCACUAGUUGAGAAAAAAAAGCUCAUUUAAUUCCAUUGUGUAAGCCAUUAAAAAAUAAAAAAAAAACAAGAAAAAAGUUCAGGCCAAUGAACUUAAAUCUUGAAACUGUAGCAAAGAUUGGUAAUCGACCAAUACAUUUCUUGCUUCAGACUGUUAGAGGGGAGAGUGAGAUUUUCAUUAUAGGAAAUGUCAUUACUUUACAGUAGACCUCAUAUUAAAGUCAAUGUGGUGCAUACUACAUUCAGCAAAGCCAAACCUGUGAAUAAACUUUACUGAAAAUCUA